AUGGGGAAUCGGUUUCAGAAUACAAAUUCAGAACAAAUCAGUUGGCCUCAAUCAAAAAAUAUCAGUUUGGCUCAAUCAGAACAAGCACCUCGAAGAUUCGCCAUAAUCAUUGGAAAUAAUAAAUAUGAAAAUAAAAAAUUAGAAAAUUGUGUCAAUGAUGCGACUGAGCUUGCUGCAUCCCUUGAAAGUGUCAACUAUAAAGUGACACUUCAAACAAAUGUCACAUGUGAUGAAAUGCACCAGUGCAUCAGAGAUUUCACUGAUUCUAUUCAAGCUAACGAUUUUAUUAUUUUUUUCUUUGCUGGCCAUGGUGUUCAAUGGGGUAAUCAAAACUAUCUUCUUCCGUGUGGCUGUAAAAAACUUGAUAGUCGGGAUGAUAUGGAGCGUUAUGCGUUUAAUGCGCAAACAAUACUAGAUACGAUGGUUGAGAAAGAACCAAAAUGUAUUGUAUUCUUACUUGAUUGCUGUCGAGAAUAUUGGCUACCCAAACAUAAACGCGGAGACGCGGUAGAUCAAGGGCUGACACCAAUGAAAUUAUCAACAGAAACACUAAUUGCAUUUGCUUGUGCAGCGGGAGAAACAGCAAAUGAUUCUUCUUAUGGAUCAAAAAAUGGAACAUUUACAAAACAUUUGUUAGAAAACAUUAAGAUUCCUGGUUUGGAUGUAAUGAAACUAAUGCAAAGGGUAACGAGAGGUGUUAAAAAGGAAACAAGAAAUGCACAACAACCAUAUUUGGUUUCCUCAAUUACGGAAGAUAUUUAUAUAGUACCAGCAGAAACGAUCCAAGCAACAAAGAGCACACCGACUAUUCGGAAACCAUUAAGUGCUAAUACGCAUAACCAAUUAACAAGGGAAAAACAGUCGUAUGAAAGCGCUGCUGAUGAUUCAGCUACUUCACAACUUGUGCCAUCGAAAGGCAGUGACGAAAUGGCUCAUUCGACAUCGAACGCGUCAGUAAAAUAUAAAUUGGCAACAGCUGCUGCUUUUCGUCGAAAGCGGGCGUUAGUCAUUGGCAUUAAUGAAUAUGCUCGCCAUCGACUGCGGUACUGCAUCAAUGACGCCAAAGAUUUAGGUGAAGCUCUUCAAAGAAUUGGAUUCCAUGUAUCAUCAGCAUACGAUUGCGACCGUAACGACUUCAAUCGAAGCAUUGCUUCAUUUGCUGAAGGUACGAGCAGUGACGAUCUGACUUUAUUCUAUUUUUGUGGUACUGGUUUUCAAUAUAACGAUGAUCUAUUUCUAAUGCCUUCUAAUUAUGAUGAUCCUUACAACGGACCCGAUCCAGUGUACCUAAAACAUAAUGCAAUUAGCGCACAGUUAAUAGUGGAGCAAAUCACAGAUCGAAGCUGUCGAGUUUUGAUAUUAAUAUAUGAUUCCUGCAGAUGCUACGCACAAACAAAAAUACGAACUCGAGGAGUCGCAGAGACAUCAAAACUCACAAGUAUGAGAUCGCCAACAGAAACUAUCGAACUUUUCUCUUGCAAACCGGGCAUGAACGCGAGUGAUACUUCAGUAAAUGGUAGGAACGGUAUUUUCAUGGGAACCUUAUUAAAAUACAUAGACACGCCACACCUAGAUAUCGAAGAAAUAUUUCAAAUGGUUACAGCAAGUGUUAGAACUCAAACUCGUGGUUGCCAAAUACCAGAACGAAGAAGCGAUCUCACCAAAGCAGUUUACUUGGCAAAUUGA